AGGGUCUAUGAAAUGUAGGCCAGUUUCUUCCAGACUACAUUGUGAAAUAACCUGGAAGCCUUUUUCAAAAUCGCUCCUCGUACUUUAUAUUUACAAACCUGGUAUUGAAAAGGAACUAAAUAUUAUCUUAACACAGCUCUCUGCGAAAUACCACACUAACGCAGAGCUGCAGAGCAUACAGACUAUUUACUGUUUGGGCGCAAGAGUGCUAGGCUUAUCCUGGUGACAUUUAUACAUAGCAUAUAAGGUUUAUUGUUCGUAGCGAAACGUAAAAAUUAAUCUUGUUUAAGAUGCUGUUAAGGCGUGUGAUUUGUAACAACGUGUGUUAUAGAACGUAUGAGUUGUUUGUUUGCUCUAAUGCAUGCCACUUGAAAAGGUACUUCUCCACUGACGGAGAAAUAGAGCUUUGUGACAAAAUGCCACCAAGUACUGAAAAGAAACGUGGUGGAUUUGCACAAGCGUUCGAAAAAUACACAUCACCUCCAGAACUAAAGCCACCAACACCAGAGAAAGAAGAAACAUUCGCAUCAUUACUACGGAAUUCUAAAUUUACUGACUUAGGGGAUCCACAAGGAAAAGUGGUUACAGGGAAGAUUUUCCAAGUGGUUGGAGAUGAUCUUUACGUUGAUUUUGGGUGGAAGUUCCACUGCGUGUGUCCUCGUCCAGCCAAAAACGGCAGUGAAUACGUAAGAGGAGCAAAGGUAAGACUGAGGAUUAAGGAACUGGAAUUAUCAACACGGUUUCUGGGUUCAUCUCGUGAUCUCACGCUGCUGGAGGCAGAUGCUACAUUGGUAGGACUGAUCUCUUCACCAGCACGACUACCACAGCAACCAAAGUCAUCAUAGACUAUAUUAAAUUACAAUAUACUACGAAAGACUAAUAAAGAAGUAUCACUGGGUUAUAUGAAGAUUAAUUUUUGAGUGGAAAUGAUUGCAAGGUGAAAGAACAUUCUACAACCUAAUUUUCGUAAGAAAAUGCAAAUACACCGAGAAGAAGCAAUUGAAAUUUUUUGACUAAACGUCAAAUGGUUUAUUUCAUAGUACUAGACACAGAAAAGUGUAAACUUUACAAUAGUAAUUAAAAAAAUAUAUAUUUAUUCAGAAGGGAGUUUCUGGCUAUGAAUUAUAAAAAACUUAUAUUAUUCUGAUGAGUAAUGUUGAUACCGUACAUAAAUACAAAAUACAUGAAGCUUUCCUUAUGAA